AUGGCAUACUCACAGCUUGAACCUGGCGUCCAGCCAACUCAGGCGCUACCGCGUAAGGGCGAGGACCAGGACCAGCACAUUCUGCGCGAGUUCAAGCGCAAGCUCACAGAGGACGAAGGAUACAUCAGUUACUUCACUGAGCGCCUCAAAAUCGAGAAGGAUUAUAUCCAGGCAUUGUCCAAACUCCACGCCAAAUCCAAGGGCGCCGACAUCCUCCAGGACGAUGCACCGCAUCCACGCGCGCGUGUCACCUCGACCGCGCGCCGUGCGUGGUUUGACGUGCGUGAUUACACGACCAGGGAGAUCGAGACACGUGAGGCUUUCUACAAUGCGCUCCAGAACGAUGUGUUGGCCCCACUCGUCGCAGUGCGUCAUACACAAACCCGUGUCCAGAGCCGUAUCUGCGAAGACCUCAAGGCAGCGACGGGCUCGUACGAAGAAUACGCCUAUGUCAAGGUGCCCAAGAUGCAGCGCGCGUACCGCUCAAAGACGCAAGCCGUCGAGGACCACCGCAAGCAGCAACAAGCGAUAGAAAUGCAGGCCAAACUCCUGGCCGAGCAGGUUCCGAAGGAACCUCCCGAGUCCAAGCCUCACCCCUACUCGUCCCACGGACAUUCGCCAAGCACUUCGUCCAUCAACAAUGCGACAGGGAGCUGGGGCAGCGGACUGUCCGACGCAGAAUCGGGCACCCCACCGGGGAAUGCGCCCAACGCGCAGUCCCCACAGAGCCCACAGCACGCCCAAACGCUGUACACACAGUCCUACCCGCAGCCGCCGUACCCUCAGCAGCAGACUGCUGCAUCGGCGCAGUCCGACGUUCGUCCGUUCGAGCGUGAGACCCGGUCCCUUGGGCACGGCCUGUCUAACAGCAUCUCUGGGCGCGCCCGUUCCGGCUCGGGAUCGUACGCCGCGACCAGGCAGGCAGUCGACGCCAAGUCUAAGGAGGUGUUUAGCGACAUUGCUGCGCACUCGAAGAAGGGCUUUGCGGCGAUCAUGCAGCGCCUCGGCGGCGAGCGCGAAGGCGAGGGCCCACCUUCGAUUGUUGCCCCGGACAGCACACUUGGCGGCGCGAGCGCGAGUGUGAGACGAGGGUCCGUGCGGCACAAUAACGGUGCAGUCAAGGGCGCCAAAACUAAGCGCGACGCCGAGGAGGCCGACAAGGCGUACCGCCACGGCGUGUUCCAUGUCGAGACGCUGCGUCUGCGCCGCGAGAAGUUGCAGCAAUCGGCCAUCACCAGCCUGAGUCAGUUCAACGUUGAACUCAAUGCGGCGCUCUUCGUCGCGCUCCGCGCGUACGCGCAAAUCGCACGCGGCGCAGCCAUGACGCUCGCCCAGUCGACCGACGUCGUCUCGCAGAGUGUUCGCCAGGUUGACCCGACGCGCGACAAGGCGCUCUUCCACUCUCGCCUUCCCGUCGUCUCGCGCUACCCACAGAUCAUGUACGAGAACUUCUAUGUCGGAACUUGUCGAUCGCUCAUCUUUGGCUUCCGCCUAACCGACUACGACUUUGCGCGUGGAGAGAUGGGCGGCCACGGGAGGCCACCGCUCAUAGUCGAAAAGUGCAUCGCUUGGAUCGACGCCCUCGGCAACGACGCCGAGGGCAUCUACCGCAUGAGCGGACGGCAGCAAACUGUGCGCCGCCUGAUCCACAACAUUGAGCUGAACGAGGACACUUUCAACUUUACCUCAGACGACGACGUCUACUCAGUCGCUGUCGUGCUAAAGGCGUAUCUGCGCGACCUGCCAGACCCUCUCUUCCCAUUGCCACACGCUGAGCGGGUCAAGUGGACCGAGUCGAGAGAGGAGCACUACAAGAACCACUUCUCUACACUGCGCGGCCGCCUCCGCCGCCUGCCGACCAUCCACCAGACGACGUUCCAGGCCGUCAUCGAGCACCUGAACCGCAUCUCGAAGAACGCCGCUGAGAACAAGAUGAACGCGACCAACCUGGCCGUCGUGUUUAACUCGGUACUCUUUGGGCAGGAGCAGAUGUCCAACGAUGCCGACGCGCUCAAGAUGCACCUCCAGAAGGACACGGUGCUCGAGGAAAUUAUCACCUACCCCGAAUUCCUGUUCCCGCCGGAGGGCAACUAUGGCGGCGAACCACAGUCGCCCAGUAAGGCAAGCAGCAGGAUGAGCUCGCAGACCCGCCUCGACCUAUACCCUUCGCCGACGGGCGGGAACUCGAUGAGUGCGCUGUCGGGCUCGCCUGCAGUGCAUACCCCGCCGCUGCACGUGUACACGACGCAGCACCCUAUAGCUGCGCAGCACGCGCGUGCGGGGAGCGACGACCCUGGUGUCGCACCCCGGCCGGUGCAGACACCGAUCUCGUUCCAGCCUCCGUCACACAAUUCGACGGGCCAGCACAUCUCGGCCCAGUCGUCACUCCAGCCACCCCUUCCACCUGGUGCCCAGACGCCACACAUUCCGCCGCACCCGGACAGCAGCGGCUUCGGAUCCCAACUGGCCAGCCUGGACAUGGACUCGAUGGACAUGGAGCACGCAUUGAACGGGCAGAUAGGCCUUACACCCGACGACGGCCUCGACCUGCUCUUCAACCCCGACAAGAUCCCGAUGUCGUUGCGCGACUCCCUUCCCAACGACAUUCAUGUGCGCCCGCUUGCCUCGGACGACUUCCUCCGCGCCCACUUUGCGCUACUUGGCAAUCUGUCGCCGUCCCCGGCCCUCGCGCCGAGCGUGUACGCCGCUCUCUUCCGCGCCCUCAAGUCGUGCCACGACACGUAUUAUAUUGUCGUGUUCGUCGAUCGCGCGACAGACCAGGUCGUCGCGUCCGGCACUGUUGUCAAGGAGCGCAAGUUUAUCCGCGGCGGUAGCGUUUCCGCACACAUCGAAGACAUUGUCGUUGGCCAGAGUGGUCAGGGGCGCGGACUAGGGAUGAAGCUUGUCGUGGGAUUGCGUAACCUUGCGACCGAGUUGGGUUGCUACAAGACGAUUCUGGACUGCCAGGAGUGUAAAGUCCCGUUCUACGAGAAAUGUGGAUUCACACUACGCGGACGCCAGAUGGCAUACUACGUGCCGACAGCCGAAGCACCUCCGCGCCGCGAAUCGCUGGCCAAACCCGGCCUGGCAUCGCAGUCGUCGACGCCGGUGCGCUUCCCCCCCCAGCCCGAGGAGAAGGAGGAUGACGAAGACGGGGGUGACGAGGACAUUGUCAGCAUCGCUGAGACAUAUAUGACUGACAACACGGGCACGGACGAGACGUUCACCAACGUCUCGUACCGCUUCCCGACGCACAGCACUCGCAAUGCCGGGCGAGGCGUGGCCAGCACCGACCCCGAGACGUCCAGCCCGUCGGUCGGGGGACCCGGCGACGAACCCGUCCUCGACCUCGACACGCCGACGGGGAGCGUGCGCAGUUGGAACUCGGCCCACUCGUCGGGCGCUCGGCCGUGCCCAGUCCUGGGGAUGGAGCGGGACACAUACUUCUAG